AUGCCGCACCGAGGAGAUGCUACGGAAAGUGAGAGCUCGCUCGCCGCGAGUGGAGCCGCGAAAGGUCCUGGAGACACCAAUUAUCCAGGUACUUUUCCAGUCUUGAACAAGACUAAUUACCCAUUGUGGGCAAUGCGUAUGCAACUCCAUUUGGAAGCUCAUAGCUUGUGGGAUGCAAUUGAGUCUGAUUCGGUGGCAAGGAAGAAGGACCAGCAAGCACUAUCAGUGAUGCUUGGAGCUGUGUCUGAAGACAUUCAAACUCAGCUCGACAUCACCAAGACGGCGAAAGAAACUUGGGAACUUCUCAAGUCCGCGCACAUAGGAGUAGCUCGACUCACGAAAUCGAAACUUCAUUCUAUCUGAUGUGAAUUCGAGAUGCUGCAAAUGGGAGAUGAAGAGAAUAUGACAGAUUUCUCUGGGAAAUUGUCUGCGACUUGUCACUCAGAUCAGAAAUCUGGGUGAAAAAGUGGAAGUAGGCGCAGUGGUAGCAAAGCUUCUCAAAGCAACUCCUGCAAAAUUUGAUCCACUCACAGCAUCUCUUGAGCAAUUCGGAGAUAUCGACACAAUGCCUUUUGAAGAAGAUGUGGGAUCUCUUAAGAUUUAUGAAGAGAAACUCCGAAAUCGGCAAGAGUGAAAAGAAGAACAAGUUCUUUUCACUCACGGGACUGAGAAAGCAAAGGGUGGAAAUCCUCGUGGUAGAGGACGUGGCCGAGGUCGGGGGCGUGGCCGAGACAGAUGACAAAGCAAUGGGAGUGGCUCGGAUGAAAACUGGAAGACUCGUGACAAAUCCACAGUGA